AUGGGGUCUCGGGCCUCCACAUUACUGCGGGACGAAGAGCUCAAGGAGAUCAAGGAGACUGGCUUUUCCCACAGUCAGAUCAGGCGCCUGUUCAGCCGGUUCACCAGCCUGGACAAAGGGGAGAGUGGGACUCUCAGCCGGGAAGAUUUCCAGAGGAUUCCAGAACUUGCCAUCAACCACCUGGGGGACCGGAUCUUCAAUGCCUUCUUUUCAGAGGGAGAGGACCAGGUAAACUUCCGAGGAUUCAUGAGAACUUUGGCUCAUUUCCGACUCAUUGAGGAUAAUGCAAAGAGCAAAGAUGUGAAUGGACCUGAACCACUCAACAGCCGAAGCAACAAACUGCACUUUGCUUUCAGACUCCAUGAUUUGGAUAAAGAUGACAAGAUCUCCUAUGAUGAGCUGUUACAGGUACUACAAAUGAUGGUUGGAGUGAAUAUCUCAAAUGAGCAGCUGGGCAACAUUGCAGACAGGACCAUCUAG